AUGCCAACAGAACCAACGUCUUUACUCGAUGAGUCACAAUAUGUGCCCACUUUCUCUUCCUUGAGCCUAUCUUUCUUUCUCUCUCAUUCACUUUUAAUUCCAAAUUUUUCUAUCAUAUUUAUAAUUCCGUCUUUCUUUUUUUCUUUCUUUCUUUCUUUCUUUCUUUACAAUCCAGUUUUCUUUUUUUCUCAUUCAGUUUUAAUUUCAAAUUUUUCUAUUAUAGUUAUAAUUCCGUUUUUCUUUCUUUUUCUUUCUUUCUUUCUUUCUUUCUUUCUUUCUUUCUUUCUUUCUUACGGCCCAGUUUCCUUUCUUUAUUUACAAUACAAUUUUCUUUCUUUCUCCUUCAACUUUUACUGUUAUAUUUAUAAUUCCUCUUUCUUUUUUUUUUUUUUGCUAAUGAGUUUUCAUUCUUUCUUUUUUAUUACAUUUAAGAUUCUAUAUUUGUAUCUUUCGUUGUUUUUUCUUUCUUCUAUUUAUAUAUACCAUUCAGUUUUCUUUCUUUCUUUCACCACCUUACACCUACCACCGCCACCACCACAAGAACUGAGAUUCGACCGAACGAUGCGCGUAUUUUUAAUUUGUAUCGGCAUGAAGUAA